UCCACCGGGAUUUUAUUGAAAAGGUCACAAAAGAAGAAAAGUAGGCGUGUCUUAAAAUUCCCUGUCACAAUCACUCCCCUCCUCUUCAACACAGUAAUUCAACAUCACCAUCGAAUGUGUUUAUCCGUAGUGAAAGGUCGUAUCUCAAAUGAUGAUACGGAGUAAAUCAAGUCCUGGCAAACGUCAGAUUACUAAGGAGAACGAAAAAUGGUGGACAUUAUCAUGACAAAAAUAAAUACGGAGAUAUUAACCCAAUAUUACGUCACUUUGGAGGUUAACCAUAGUCCAGCAAAGUGCUAACACAACAAUGGAGAGGUAUAUGUAUUUGUGGAGAGGUCCUGAGAAGAUAUUAUAUACUUUCGGUGAUCAGCCCAGUGGUCUGAUAUGCAGAUUGGUAACUGUGAAGGAUCAUGUAUUCGUUUCUACUACCACAAAUAAUCUCUACCAUGGAGUUGUUGCCACACAUCUAGAAUCUGAAACCUGUCCACUACUGACGUUUAAAAGAGUUCAGUUCUACGCUGUGGACAUCGCUACUAACUCUGACUAUUUGUUUAUUGUCAAUGAUGCUGGACAGGUCCUUAGAAUAGAUCCAAGUGAUAUGACGCAUGUUGAAACCAUCACCCUGAGAGAAGAGCCUAAAUCUUGUAGUCAUGGCUACAAAGCUGAUAAUGAAUCUGUCAAAGUAAAAUCGCUUGCAGCCAGCGAUAAUGCAAUGUUAUUCAUUGCCGAAAAUGGACAACUCUGGGCCAAUGGAGACCAGCCACAGAUUGACAUUAAGACGUCUGAGCCUAAAAAGGUAACGUUUUUUGAUGGUCGGAUCGUAUCCAGCGUAGCAUGUGGAGCAAACUUCAAUGUCGCGCUUGUCAGAAAAAUUAUAAGGACAAUGAAAGAUGACACUGAUAGUGAAAAUGACCUGGAGGAAGAAGUCUUUGUCAGUUCUUGUCCCCACUGUGUCAGUGACGUAAUGUUAAGUCCAGUUAGUCAGCCGUCAACAGACACUUGUCCAUUGGGACUUCACGUGAGACAAUCAAGUGAAGAUCGCUCUACAAAUUCCACCAGCGCCCCUUCAACAGCUAGCAAAGAUCAUGACAAUGCUUUGCUACUUGAUGACGAAAAGCGAUUUGAUGACCUUUCAAAAACUCUGACAAAUGGUGACAAUUUCUCUGAUGGUUUGCCCAUCGAACUACAAAGAGAAGAGAAGAAGAAUGUGAUUUUUAUAAACACAGAAGCUGCCAGGCAGUUCUUAACCAGGCAAUUAUCGUGGGUUUCUUCGUACGGAAAUGCUGGUGAGGAACUGUUAGCCGAAUGCGCUGACAGGCCAACUAGAAUAAUAAAACAAAAUGUGUCAAAUAUGGCAAGUCUUGUUUAUGAAGGAGUAAAAACCGUUGGUGACAAAGUCGUCACGUUAUCCAGACACAUGAGCGGCAGUUCAGACAACAAUGAGGCGCAAGAUAGUGGUCAGGAUGGUUUGGAAGAUGGUGUCACGGGAGAUACCAAGCCAACAGCUACUAGUUUGGCAAACAGUCUUCGCUGUGAAGAGUUUCCAUGGUCAUCAAGUGCUGGUACUUCGGACCGUGAACUAUCCGAACAGGGAUUGAAUGAAAGAAUAAAUACACUGGUCCGUGCUGGCAAUAGCUUGCUUUCUACCGAACUUUGGACUUGGGGCGACAUUCAAUAUGGACAACUUGGAACUGGGGACACCACUAAGAGGCCAAGACCAAUUUUGGUUGAAAAGUUUCAUAAUUUAGGGAUUAAAAAAAUUGUAUGUGGCAGUUACCAUGUGCUUGCUCUGACGCUUGAUGGAAGAGCCUAUGCUUGGGGGAGGAAUAAUUCAUUCCAAGUCACACCCCAGUCACCGACAGAUCAGAGCUCUCCUAGAUUGUUUAGUUGUGGUCCAAGUUCAUCCCAACCCGAGAGAGUUAGAGAUAUGGCUGCCGGAGAAAAUCAUACUUUAAUUAUGACAUCCACAGGAUUACAAUUGAUGGGAAAAUAUAGCCUUGAAAGGACAGGAGAAAUUAUACAAAUAAAAAUCCCAGAUGCUGUGGGGUACAGUGCAAAGCAAAUCUUAAGUUCAGGAUCAUAUAGUUGUUGCACUAUGAUAAAUCAGCCGGCUUGUGAUAUCUCAUCAGACCUUACGAAUGAGCAGAUAUUUCUGGAAGAAAUGCUAAUGGUUUAUCAAAAUUUAAUAAAACCAUUUCAAAAGAAAGGGGGUGCAACUCAGGAAUCCAAUGUGUAUGAAACAUUGUGUCAGUGCUACACGGAGUUGAUUAGUUUUACAUCUUUGAAUGUUCUCAGUUUGUGGGACUAUUAUGACCAUAAUGGGGAAGCGUAUGAGGUUGUAGUAGUUGCAAGCAUCGAGGAGUACAUAACAGUUUACAAACAUUAUCUAAAUGCAAUAUGUGACGUUGUAUCUUUGGGUGGUUUUACACACAUAGCCAGAAUAAUUGACGUACCACAAACUUUGAUUAGUUUAUUCAUGGACAAAGUUAAAGGAAGUAAAUCGAAAAAAGCUAACAAUGAAGCAAUAAUAGCAUUAGCUUUACAACAUCCUUUAAACAGACUGAACAGGUAUAAAGCAAUGGUACACAGCCUAAUAAGGAUCAACGGGCCUAAACUAGGAAUAGAAAGGCUCCAAGAAGCACUCGGUAAAUGGGAGCAAAUCUGUGAUGAGCAAGAAAGGCGGCUAAAAGAAGCUGAGACUACCAAACAGUUUUGGGAGAGCUCGGGUAAAUUGGUUGAACUGUUGAGAUCCCCAGAUAGAAGAUUAAUCAGAGAAUCCAGAACUCAUCCAAUAUCUGUAUUAAACUGCGGAAGAUUUUCUACCCACUGGUUCGUACUGUUGACCGAUAUAUUGAUCCAUGUUAAUGGAACAUCACACACUGUUCAUCCGUUGCCUACACUAUGGGUGGAACCUCUACAGGAUACAGAUGCAGUCCAGCAUGUUGCAUGGAGAAAGUUGACGAGAAAAGGAUUGAUAUCGAAUGCACUAUCUGUAACAACACCGGAAGAUAGUCUAGUAUUGUAUACGCCAACACCUGCCGAACGUACAGAAUGGCUACAAGCUUUACAAACUGCAAUAAAACGCAGCCUUCUACGAGUGGUGGGACAUGUUCCACCCUUAGUCCGAUCAAGCUCAUUUUCAUUUACAAAGCACAGUCUUUACAAAGAUGCCAAGUAUACCGGUCGUUGGUUGAAUGGCAAACCCCAUGGAACUGGAAAGUUAGAGUGGAGUGAUGGACGGAUGUAUGUAGGACACUUUCAUCGAGGAAUUAUGCAUGGUACUGGGAAAAUGGAAAUACCUACACAAGGAAUAUAUGAAGGACAAUGGAAAGACGGCCAACAAAAUGGUUAUGGUACAAUGAAAUAUAUUAAUGGAGAUAUUUAUGAGGGACACUUCAAGGAUAGCUUACCGCAUGGACACGGUAUAAAAAAAGAAGGCCAUUUCAUGGCAUCUGUUGCAUCUAUAUACAUCGGUGAAUGGGUCGCUGGUUUAAAACAAGGAUACGGGGUUAUGGAUGAUAUCACAACUGGUGAGAAGUACCUAGGGUUAUGGAAUAACAAUAUGAAGCAUGGAUGUGGCUUAAUCGUGACAUUGGAUGGGAUUUAUUAUGAAGGAGUAUUUAUGCAAGAUAUUUUGACAGGUCACGGUGUGAUGAUAUUUGAAGAUGGCACUCAUUACGAAGGAGAAUUUAGAUCUGCUGGUGUUUUCAGUGGCAAAGGCACACUGACUUUUAGUAGCGGCGAUAAAAUAGAAGGCAACAUGAAUGGUGCCUGGAACGAAGGUGUAAAAAUCACAGCUACGUUGCACAUGAAUGUCGCCAAUUGCAGCUCCCAUGUAAAUGCUAAACCAACAUCUUUUGGCAAACUGUGUGUACCACCAGAUCAAAAGUGGAAAGCAAUAUUUAGGCAAUGUUACCAACAACUUGGGGUUUCUGAACCAGGCUCUAAGAAUAACUCUACAGCCAAUAAAAUUGGAGAAACUCAAAGAGUUUGGCAGAAUGUUGCAGUUGUUAUAACAAAUUCACAUCAAGAUACUAUACAGCGAAGAAAGGAUAUAGCGAGAGAUUUGAACAGUAGUAGCAGUACUUGCAGGCAGAAAGACCGCAGUAAUAUCAAUCAGUUGGAAAAAAUACCGCAAUUUGGAUGGGAUAGUCUGAAUCUGAAAACGUACGAUGAAGUGCAUGAUUAUUUAAUAAAAGCAUUUGAAAGUUUACAUCAUCCUCUUGGUACACUGUUGACUGAAGUAGCAGCAGCAUACACAGCUACUUACGGAGGCGUUAGAGUACAUCCUUUAUUGCUAAGUCAUGCAGUUGCUGAGUUACACAGCAUCACCUCAAGGAUCUACCAUGUGGUUACUUUAUUAUUUCCAGCUCUACCACCCGGAGGUCAAGAGCUUAUACUAGAAACAGAAGACAGCGAGGAAAGCAAAGUUGUAAGUGCUGCUGCAAUUCUUCACCCUAUACUUUUACCUCGUGUACAUUCGGCGCUUUUUGUAUUAUAUGCAUUGCAUAACAAAAAAGAAGAUGAUGCUUAUUGGAAAAGAUUAAUGAAGUGGAACAAACAACCAGAUAUCACCUUAAUGGCGUUUCUCGGCAUAGACCCGAAAUUUUGGAAGAGUGCUACUACUAAUCAUAUUGGUGAACAUCCACUGCCUAAUGAUGCAGAGCAAUUAUUUGGUGAUGCCGUUGAAACCUUGCAACAACUGAAAACAACUUUUUCUCCACUUGAGAAGUUACUUGUCAUUAGAAACACAUUCGAACAGAUGACUCAAGUUGUUCAAAGACAGCUAGGUUCCACGUACCUAUGGACAAUGGAUGAAUUAUUUCCAGUUUUUCAUUUUGUUGUUGUACGAGCUCGUGUUUUACAACUUGGCAGUGAAAUCAACUUCAUCGAAGACUUUAUGGAGCCUUACUUACAAAACGGCGAACUCGGGAUUAUGUUCACUACACUGAAGGCUUGCUACUACCAAAUUCUUCAAGAAAAAAUGAGUAUGAGUAAUUGAAUGCUAGAAAGCGCGUAAUAAAAAUAUUAUAAAUAAAAUUAAUCAUGAGCCUAUUGCACAAAAAACGGUGCCAAGGCUCAGCUCUGAAGGCAGAAUAAUAUACCUAUACAUAUAUAUAUAUAUAUAUAUAUGUACACACGUACAGACACAUAAGCAUAAACACAUGUAUAUAUAUUUUAUUUAUUUGCAUUCGAUGUGAUACCAAGUCGUGAUAUUCUCCAAUAAAGCUUUGAUUAAUGUUUAGGGUCCAUUAUAACUUGUAAAUAGAUAUGUAAUGAAAUGCAAGGAAAGAAUUGACAUAUCAUAAAAAAGGUUUCAGAUUUCUUCGAUUUUAGAAUAGAAGAAAAAGAUAAAAAGAACACUUUAGUGCGAUGCGUCUUCCCGAUCUUACUUACUCAUUAAUGCACGUUGAUGAUUAUUGCUCAUUAUAUCGCAUUACAAACUAAAAUCAAUGCUGCAGUAUCGAGAAAAAUCAUUGAAAAAUUAGGAUGAAGAGAAUUAUUUAUGUACAGAAAGUAUUGACAAUUGAAAUCAAUUCAUCCUUAAAUUUUAAGAUCUUAGUUAAUUGAUUCGCAUAACAAUAAAUUAUAUUUAAAUAAUAGUAAUAAUGUUAAUAAUCAAACCUUCAAUCAUACUAAAAUUUCGUUUUCGUGUAAAAUAGAAUAUCUUGAAACACUCAUCAUAAGUUGACACAUUAUGUAUGGAGCAUUUCACGAGGUUUCAUUCAAGAUUGGAAGAUAAUGUUUCAGAUCCACUCAAAGAUUUUGCAUGUGGAAACACUUGUCACAAAACAAACCUCUAAUUGUUUUUUAAUUUUUCCAACCAAUCCUAUUGGAGAUAUGACAGAAUUCAUUACUUCGAAAGUGCCUAUUCUUUGAAUUUCAAAUAUGCAUGGCGCUUCCAAAACAACAUACAUAUUUCAUCAUAUCCCAAACGGGAUUGGUUGAAAUAACUUUGGAACAGAUCUGACACAUGAUUUCCAAUCUUAGUCAAGACCUCGUGGGACGUCCAAUAUAAUUAUUGAUGACUGCGUAUAAUUCCUGUAGCUCAAAAUCCACUUGCCUACUUAAACUCUUUUAGUAACAUUAAAAAAUGGAUCAACUCAUAAUUAUAAAAACAAUCCCUUUCUUUCGAUUAUUUUUAGUAGCAAAUUACCAAGUGGACGCAUGUGCAAAAUUGCAUCAGCGAUAAUGUUUAUUGAUAUAUUCUGUUCAGUAUUAAGUAGCAUUUACUUAACUUUACAUAUACCUGUACUAAUACGCGCACUUCUUCCUAUGCACCUAUAAAUAUAAUCAGCAGGAUCAAAUAAGCAAAAAUUUUGUAUCCGUAAAGUGGUAGUGUGAAAUUUUUUGUUAGCUCAUGGCUAUAAAUCGUGACAGUAACUAUGAUAUCUGCUCCAAAUUGCAAUUCGAUACAUCUAUAACAACUCAGAAUCUGCUAUAUAGAUUUUUAUCUUAAUGCCAGAUGGAAUAGUGGAGAAAAUAAGUCUCUGAAAUAAUACAGAAACUUGUUGAAUUUUUCUUUAGACACGUUUUCGAUUCUCAGGGCGUGCGUAACCGCUAAUGUACACACACUGUUCCAGCUGUUUACGGAUUUUUAUAAAAAUAUAAGUAGUAGUAAAUUAUUUAAAAUUCAAUGUUCUCAUAAAUAUAUAAUUGCUAUGAAGCAAAUUUUUGUUGAAAUUUUCAACUCUACAUAGCUGAUGUAUCUACAGUAAUAGAAAGCGAUGAAUUAAUGAUUUAAGGGCAAUGAAUAAUACCUCGAUAGUUUCAAUAAAUCAUCAUAGAGUGGAUGAAUUCUGAACUUUAGCAUCAAUUUCCAAUGAAUUUUGAAUUAACUGGUAUCUUGAAUUUUGAUAGUCUGUAUUAUUGACAAGAAGAGAAAUAAAUACUUGGGGUACGCAGUUUCACUAUAGAUAAUAUUCGUACAGCGAGUUGAAAUACGUUUCUAGGAGUCUAAUAAAAAUUUAAAAAAUGAGCAUAACUGAUAAUAUAUAACUUUCUAUUGUGCAUGAGGUUAUUAAACUUGAAUUAAAUAUAUACUGGCGUCAUAGUAAUAUGUACUUAUCGCCUAGAUGUCAAGUUAAUAACUUACCUUUUUUUUUGAAUGACCUCAUCAUUCUUUACCAAACUAAUGGAUGCAUUAUACAUGUCACGUGCAAGAAAGCAAUUGAUAUAUAUACUUAACAUAAUAUUAUUAUUAUUGUUAUGGAAUAUUGUAGUGUUUAGUAAUUGAAGUGAGUCCAGAAAAUUGUAUGAUCAAAUAAUUUCUAAUAUAUCCCUACUAAAAAUUCCCAACCCACAAGCACAAUGAUAUUGUAUAAAAAAUAGAAUUUUUAUUAAUUUAUUUUAUUUAUGUAAUAUGUAGACCAAUUUCAACGUAACAGUUUAAAUAACACCGGUUACUCAUUUUUACGAAAUUUUUGGAUUCUCUGCUCACACAAUCCAACUUCAGUUGCGAUUUCUGUAAUUAGAUAUCAAAUUUGAUGCCUGUGAACUCUUCAGGAUAGUAAAUUUGUAACAUCCUCAGCCUGGUGAAUCUGUAAAAUUAUUACAUAGUAUGAAGAAAGUGGAGCCUGACGAAAGUGUCUAAUUAUAACAUUGAAAUAUAACUAAUUGCUCUUCAGUCAUUGGAGUACACGCUAAAAUGGUAUUUACCAUUAUUUUGAUGUUAUUGCAAGGCAAUGCAAUUUUUAAAAUAACCAGACGUUAAUACAGCUCUGAGUAUAUGAUAAGUACAUGAACGAUUGUUUGAUAAGUAAAUAAUCUAUAUGAAAUAUCAAUAACAAUUUAUUAAAAACUAUGCAAUAACAAUUCUGUGAUACACCAUUGCUCUGGAUGCUCUUUAAUGAAGAGAAUUAUGAACUGGAUCGAGCCAAUACUACUUCUCUGCAUGUUCUUUAUAUUUAAACCAGAUCCUUGCUUACAUUCUUAUCAAUGUGUCCAAGUAUCAGAAAUCAAUUAAAAAUUGUAUAGAGUGUACCGAACUAAGCAUAUCGGGAUUCAUACAGUAUAAUAAUAAUCUUUCAAUUCCCAAAGACAAGCAAUUUUACUUGCAGAUUGCAUAAGCAUGUACCUGAAAUAUGAGAAAUCAGAGUCUAUGGAUAAGUAUAUAGUUUGUCAUCAUUAGUUGCAAGAAAAACUUGGUUUAUAGUAAUUUCCAUAUGCGUUGAAAUAUGACAAUCAACACCGUCUUAAUCUGUGUGUUAAUUACCGCAUAAUACUUGUUACUGUUGUACAGUAACCUGAAAUUUUUUUUUUUUCACGGUAUGCGGCAUUCUAUCUACAGAAAGUCUUAAAUUUUUACAAGAACAUUUUUGGUGACAGUACAUACAAUAACAUGUGUUCGCAUGAUUUAUAUGGUAGUUGCGUACCAUUCAAGCAUGUUACCAGUGAGUGUGAAAAUUCCGUAUGUAUACCUACACCAUUCAAGCAUACUAAUAGUGACUGAAUUAUACGCAAAUAGCGCAUCGAGAGUACCAUACCAUAAUUAUGCUGUGAAAAAAUAACAUUCCUUGAAAAAAAUCAUAAGUACUACGUAUCUUGAUACAGAGACUAGUAUUUAUGAUUUUGUGUUAUUAUUGUUAGUAAAAAUCUCUGUUGUUGUUGGAUAUUUUGUGCGUAAUCAUUUCUAUCCCCUUAAUCACAUUAUUGAAUAUCUAUAUACUCCAAGAUAAAGUUUUGGUUUCCACAUUUGUAUAUCAAUGUGGUAAUGAAUGAAUUAAACAUUGAAGAUUCUUUCUUGAUACAGAAGAUUUUGUGAAAUCCGUAACAUGUAUUAUACGGUUUAUUUUCUCUGCAAUACUGAGAAUCAAAAAUAGGUUGACUGCAGAAAAUGAAGAUUUGAAAAUUCUAGAUCCUUUUGCAGAAGCGGAAUGUCUAAUUAGAUUUCACUAGAUUAUAAAUCUAUAAUUGAUUACUUGGACAAUUAUUAGCAUAUUAAUAUACAGUUGUUCGAUCCCCUAACUAAAUUUUGCCUUAUAGUUAAGUAUCUUGGGCCUGGUUAUUGCAUCUCUCAGGAAAAAGUUACCUUCCAGGUAAACUUUCAGAAUAUUUAAAACACUUAGCUAGAAUGUAAAUUUCACCUGGAAGAUGUAAUAACCAGCCUUUAUUUGGAGCCCUGAUUGGCAGUGAGGUAUGUUACCAGGGAGAAAAAAAUUCUAUUAUGAGAGAAAAAAAACUGAUCUCAAACUACAAUCAAGUGUAUACAUAUUUAUGCUUCUUAUUUAUAUCAUCAUUGAAUUUUAAAAGCCCGAGUUUUUAUGCUAUAUUUUCUUGUAUAUCGAAAUUUUAAAUGAAUCAGUUUACUUGAAGGGCAAAUUUGACAUAGAAAAGCUUUUUAGUAGCAUUGGACACCUCUUGUAUAAAAUACUUGAAUGAAAAUAUAUAACUUCAAGAUUAUCAAAUAUAUAUAUUUUUAUUAAACACAGAAUCACAGAGCAAACCGGACAUAUUGGAGGGGUGGGAAAGAUUACAUAUUUUUUUCUAUUGCUACUCGUACCACGAGCUUUUCUUCUGUUGCAACACUAAUGUAUAUAAAAAAUUGAUCAUCGUAGUGAAGAUUCAUUUCUGCUUUCCGGUUCAUUUUACUUUUAUUAAAAAGUAUUCUAGAAACAGUAAACUCUUGCGAUCCGAGUAGCGCACUAAGUCUUUAAUGAUAAAUUCUUAGAAAGAAUUAUUUAGGAUUAUUUACAAAUCAAGGCAAUUUGUUACUUUGUCUAUAUAUGUAUAUGUCCAACUCUCUUGUUUCGUUAAAAAACAUUUUAUGACAAAAUUUUGUACAAUAUAUCAUCUCAAAUCCUUAUAGUCCAUGGCUUUAUAACUUUUUUUUUUAUUUCAUGGUUUCAUUUUCUAUAAAUCUUAUGUCGCAUAUAAAAAGGGAUGACUCGCUUGCAUCGUCAUUCAGCUAUCGGGUAUUACACCUACACAUUGUAUCUUGUUGAAUUUACUCAAUACAUGUAACAUGUAUUAAAUCCUUGUAAAUAUAUUUAAAAGCAAUCAUUCUAAAAUUAUCAACAACUAUUGCACUUAUUAGAUUUUAUAUUUCCACUCCAUUUUUUUCUUUCUAUCUCCCUUUCGUUCUUGCCCCGUAUUUCUUUUCAUUUCGAUAUAUAAACAAGCCACACAA